AUGAAUCAAAUUGAGAAAGGAUUGAACAAAAAGCAAUUAUUGAAAAGAACUUUGCAGUUUGCUCUCUCAAUUUCUGCUUUUUCUAUCUUCCUUUGUUACUACUCUUCUGGAUUUUUUAUAAACACUCAAACCUUGAAUCUCUACUUCUUCUACACAUGCUUUUUCACUUUUUUCACUCACACCCUUGAAAGGAAAUACAUGUUUCUCAUUUGUAAUGGAAUCCUUGCGGUUCUAGCUAAGAACUUGUUCAUCAUCACAGCAACAUCUUCAGAUUCUGAGUCUCUCCCUAUUGUAAGUUUUGAAUCUUUAGAGGAAGUUGGUGAUGUUAUGGUUGAUGAAUACUACGAAGAAAAAGUUGAAGUUGAAGAACAUAAAGAAGGUAGCUUAUAUAUCCAAAAUGAAGGGAUUGAUGAAGAAGGAGGGACAGAAACUGAGGAUGUUGCUAAUGUGUUUGUACAAGAUGAUGAUGAUGAUGAUGAAGAAGAAGUAGAAGAAACAACAUUGACAACAAAUGAAGAAUUAGUGAAUACAGAAGAAUUGGACAGAAAGUUUGAAGAAUUUAUAAGGAAAAUGAAAGAGGAGAUGAAGAUUGAAGCUCAAACACACCUUACUGCAGUUUAG